AUGUCUUUUGAUUCGAUUUCGUCUGGAGCAGUCGGAUGUUUUCCCCGUCGUGCUCACACAAUCACUGCACCUGAUGAAGCUCAUACCUAUAUGAUUACGGUGUACAUGUACUGUUUCAAUCCGGAAAACAAGAACGACCGAGUUUGUGUUGACUUACACAAGCGGUCCACAACUAAGGAGUUAAUAGAGAGAGUGAUCUCAAUGCGACAAGAUCUUGCUGGGAAAUCUACCGAAGAAUUUGACAUCUAUGAAAUGAUGGUAACUCCUGAUGGACAAGCCUCGAAGGAGCGCCGUCUGGAUCGGGAUGAAUAUCCGGUAGCAGUACAGCUUAUCUGGAGCAGAAUGCCAGGCGGCGAACAGACUAUCAGCAAUUACCGCUUCGUUUUUAGGCAUAAGGGAACACGUACUGGUUCUUCGUGUACCCGAUUUGGAUCCGCUGAAACAGCAAGUACCAUCGACGCGUUCCUUGCUCGUUUUCUUCAACAACCUAUUGAUCGGGAGUACGCAGACCUUUGUAUGUUGCCUGAAUUGACAGAACAGACGCUGCUCGACAACUUGAGAGACCGUUUUAACAGCGGACACAUCUACACCUAUAUCGGUCCGAUUCUGGUCGCUGUGAACCCAUUCAGCUUUUUCCCAAUUUACAACCCGAAGUACGCCCGUUUGUAUUCCAAAAGCCGUAAGCUAGGAAGUCUUCCUCCGCACAUAUUUGCCAUCGCUGAUGUAACCUAUCACAAUCUUCUACGCAUCAAAGAAAGCCAGUGUGUAGUGAUCAGUGGUGAAAGUGGGUCUGGCAAGACCGAAUGCACCAAUCAUUUGAUCUCCCAUCUCACGUCGCUAUCCCAGAAGGGUAGCCGAGCUUGUAGCACGGAAACCAGCCUACUGAAUACGGGACCAGUGCUUGAGGCGUUUGGUAACGCGGUCACACUCCAAAAUAAUAACAGCAGUCGAUUCGGGAAGUUCAUCAAAAUUAACUACAGGGAAAAUGGAAUGGUCUCAGGGGCAAACGUAGAAAUCUAUCUGUUAGAGAAGUCGAGGAUCAUAUCUCAAGCAAAAGGAGAACGAAACUAUCACGUGUUCUACUACCUACUGGAGGGUGCGAGCGAGGAAGAUCGCUCGAAGUACUUCCUUCUGAAGCCACAAGAUUACCAUUAUCUCAACAAGCAUGAGCAGUUCUCCCCUGAUGGGGUGAACGAGAAGUACGAGUUCGAGCGCCUGCGCCGCGCGAUGAGCAGUGUCGGCUUUAACUCGCGCACCCAGUCGACGAUGUUCGGCCUUAUAUCGGCUGUUCUUCUGCUUGGCAACAUCUCUUAUAUCAAGAGACAUGGGUACCACAGCGAUGAAAACGCCUACAUCGAAAACGAAGAGAUCGUUGAUUUGGUCGCACAGCUACUUAAUAUUAAAUCUGAGGCUUUGACGCAGGCGCUGACAAUGAAGCGACAUGUGAUGAAGACCGAAACUGUCGUCACUCGUUACAGCGUCUCCGAGGCGAUCAAUACAAGAGAUGCUAUGGCAAAAUGUAUAUACAAUGCUCUAUUCCACUGGAUUGUUUUGCGGAUCAAUCAGGUUCUCAUGAGGAAAGAUAUAUCUAGUAGUGUCGGGUACUACAUAGGGAUUCUGGAUAUUUUUGGUUUCGAAGAUCUUGGUGCGCAAUGGAAUUCGUUCGAGCAGCUCUGCAUCAACUAUGCGAAUGAACAUCUCCAGGCGUACUUCAACCAACACAUCUUCCAAUUCGAACAGGAGGAGUAUCAAUCACAAGGUAUAUGCUGGACCAACAUCGAGUAUACGGACAACACGGAAUGCGUACAACUAUUUCAGAAUAAGCCGUACGGCUUGUUGCGACUGAUCGACGAGGAGAGCAAUAUCAACAAUGGAACAGACGAAUCAAUGCUCGCUAAACUUAAUCAAUUUCUUAAGACGAAUGAGUACUACGAGACUCCACAACGCAAAGAGCCGGCAUUUAUCAUCGCCCACUAUGCAGGGAAAGUGAAAUAUCAAAUCACGGGAUUUCGCGAAAAAAAUAAGGAUCUCAUGAGGCAGGACGUCUUGAACACACUCAAGACGAGUAGAUGUGCAUUGUUGAAGGCUAUCUUGGGUGACGACCCAGUUGCGGUUUACAGGUGGAGCUUCGCCCGGACGGUGUUUCGAGCCAUUCAAGCCUUCAAGCAAUCUGGUAGAAAGCUACUCAGAAGUGAGUCUACUGAUCAUCUUCGAGUGCUAACGGGAUUAUCGGAAGUUCGUCGUGGCUCCGACUCGGCUCUCUCGCAGUUUCUUCGCGGUGACUUGAAAAUCGAUCUACCACCUUUUUGCGACACGAGCAUGUUCAAGACGAUUGUGAAUCAAGCAAGGAGAACACCAGCCAAGGGAGAGGAGCGCAUGAACACCAUUUACGAAUCGCUGCAGUUGCUGAAAGAGACGAUCGGCAAGCGGCCGAUAUCCAAUAAGCCGACAUCAGUGUCGCGACAAUUCGAAUAUUCGCUGAAUCGGCUCAUGAGCACCCUUGCACAUGCUUCGCCCUACUUUAUACGAUGCAUCAAGAGCAACAACGACAAAAUCCCUAACCAUUUCGAUGACAACAUCAUCUUACGGCAACUUCGUUAUACGGGUAUGUUGGAGACGGUACGAAUCCGAAGAACCGGCUACAGUGUACGAAUUGAAUGGAGUGCUUUCAUCCAGCAGUACCGCGUCCUACUUCCAAAUGGGCUUGCCAGUACCGAAGAUGAUGUAAGGAAGUUUCUCAGCACAUAUCCGUCGUUCCAACCCGAUAAUGUGCAAUAUGGAGUAACCAAGAUCUACAUGAGAGAUGCUGAGAAGUUAAUGCUUGACGACCAGCUGCACAGGGUUAUCAUGCAACAUAUAGACACGUUGCAACGUUGGUUCCGUAUGAUCAUCGCUCGGAAGCGCUAUCUGCGAUUCAAGCAAGGCAUUGUCAAGAUACAGGCAUUGGUAAGGGGAGUCCUUGUAAGGUCGCGGAUACGAAAACAGGCUUACGCAGCACUUGUAAUUCAAAGUAACUAUAGACGAAAUCGUGAGGAACGUCGCUAUCGGUUACUUCGGGAAGCUGUAAUUGCUGUUCAAGCCGCAUAUCGAGGAAAUCAGGCUCGAAAAAGGUUAGGAGAAAUUCCAAGAUCUCGAAACACAGGAAGGAUUAGAGUGAAGCGACUUCAAGCUUUCAAAUUGCCCGUCUUCGACUUAAACGAUCCUGAGACACUGGCAGCAUUCGCCUACAGCGACGACGACCUUGACAGAAAUGAAAAAUCCAUCGAGCUCGAUGCUGCAUUCAUACUCGAGGACACAAAGUUGAAACUUAUUGAAGAGACUCCAGAAAUCAACUGUCAUCGUCGUCAGUCGUUAGUUCCAACAGCGUCGACCAACAAGUUGAGAACGCUUCGAAGAGCAAACAGUACGGAGAGCAACACACUGCUGCGUUCAGAAGACGAAUUCAAACCACUCCUGAGUAUUUGUGAAAACCACACAUUUUGGAACUCUUCAUCUCUGGCCAAAAAGAAGUCACUUAGCCGAUUGGGGUUUACCAAAGCAAAAAAGAAUCUGAAAGCGUUGUUUGGGAGACGAAGUGACAGUACUAACGACGAAGAUGCUGAAGACGUUGAGACACCGUCCAGUCUACCAUCGACGGCGACCUACGAACAUCAUCUGAAGAUUUCACGACUGCAUCGGUUGGACACGUGUGCAGUGUGCAAUCGCCAUCUGACCGGCUUCAUCUCGCAGACGUACAAGUGUGCUCAGUGCAAGUUGUGCUUUCAUAAGGAGUGUUCGUCGUUCGCAAAUUCCCUACAAUGCCAGCCAUCGUCGCCGAUGAGGUCUCCGACCAGAUUCGGCUCGCCGGGAAGGCCAUGGGAUAUCGUUCGCUCGAUCUAUUCGCGAACGUUCAACUUGAACAAAACAAAACAACAGACUGAUCCCGGUAACAUGAUCGUCGAGUCGACAGAAGAUCUGCGCCAGUUUAGCGUGUUCAUAUUCAAAAAGCAGUCUAAUCUCGACCAGAAAAGGAAUAAACGAGACACCGUUGUCGACGCAUUGUUCAAAAGGUCACUUAGAGAGUUCCACAUGGAGUUAAUUGGCUACGAGGCUGUGCUGUCUGUAAAAAGAGCUGUGCUUAAAUAUCAUGAUUUGAUCACCACCUUCGAAGGAGUGCUGACAAAAGUUUGCAAAGAAGAGGCAGUAUCGUUUCCGACGACUCUAGGAGUGAAUGCCUUCAGAGGCUUCCUGAACGAGUUCAUGCAAAAUCAGAAAAAACGCGGUUCAAAGCAAAAGUCUGGUAUCAUGAAGAGCGUUCGUAAGAAACGUCGGCGUUCAGAUGUGACUGUGCUGUACGCGGGCCACUGCUUCCGGGCCGAUUUAGUGCACGUGCCGACUUACUGUGAGGUGUGCAACCAGUUCAUGAGGCACGCCGAGAAGAUCUUCAUCUGCGCUGCUUGUCGCAUCUCGUGCCACAAGAAGUGCCACACGAAGAUCACCCAGAUUUGCAAGAUGAGCAUGAACGCCGUGUCUGGUGGACGGUUUUUCGGAGCGAUUCUGACAACGCUGGUCGAUGAGGAUCAUGCCAUUCCACCGCUCAUCGACCGCCUGUUCAUGAAUCUCGAGACCAGAGCGCUCUUCGUCGAAGGUAUUUAUAGGAAGAGCGGAUCUUUAGCGCAAGUUCGAUAUAUGCGUCGAGUCAUCGAAUCAGCACCAGAUUUCAACACUGUUUCGCUUGACGACGUGCAGGUCCACGUGCUGACCACCAUUGUGAAGGCGUUUCUUAGAGAGAUGCCCGAGCCUCUGAUCACGUUCGACCUCUACGAGAAUUUCCUCAAUGUGUCUGAAGUUGAUGACAUUACGGAACGAGGCAGAUGUUUGGCGGUGAUGAUCGAGCUGCUUCCAAAAUCGAAUAAAGGUCUCUUGGAUCGGCUAAUGUUCCACUUAGCCAGGGUGGCUCACCAGGAGGCAGUGAACAAAAUGGGGCCUUCUAAUCUUGCGAUAAUAUUCGGUCCUUGCAUUCUGAGACGACAGGACAGUGUUCAUGCGCAAGAACAACUUAGUGACGUCUCAAAGCAAGCGAUUUGUGUUCAAACAUUGAUUGAAGAGAAACUAAAACAGUACAGGAUGACCGUUUUCAACAUCGUCGAAUUGGAAGACGCUAGUCAAAAGGUUUACGCAAAUUUACGACGAAUAGAAGAGCAUCAGCAUUUGGAUUCCGUCGAGCAAAACAUUGGGACGGCUAAGCAGUUGUUUGAAGAACAACUAGAUUUCCUCGACCAACAAAAGGAAAAACUGCUGCAAGAACUUCCACCAUUGGCACCCGUUCUUCUAUCCUCUCGAGAUAUGUCGCCUACCCGCGCACCGCCACAGAGAAGCAGAAGGCCGCCUUCUCGGUUCCGUAGAACUGCUGUUGUCUUCUAUACUCCCUAA